GAGAAAAUGCCACAAAGAAGUGCGGAGUCGAGUCGUUCGUUCUUGGAUGGAAUCGGGCUGAAAACUCCGUCAGAAACCAGACAACACGCUUGACGAAACGCUAACUUUUUCCGUUCUGUUUAAAUGUAUUAUUUGCGACGGAUAUGACGGAAAUGUUUUCAACUCUGUUCGGGCAAAACGAAGCUCAGGGACCCGGCUCGUCGUCUCUGGGUUUCGGACCGGGGAAGCCGCCGCCGCCCCUCCCUCAAAAUCAGGUCUCCAUGGCGGGGCAGAUGCCACCACAGCUCGGGGAUGAAGGGCCUACUCUGCGGAAGCCCGGAGCCAUGAAUGAACCGUUCUACUUGCUGCGGGAGCUUCCUGUGGGAAACGAGUUAACGGGCAACAGCAACCUCAUCACGCACUACAACCUGGAGCACGCGUUCAACAAAUUCUGUGGGAAGAAGGUGAAGGAGAAGCUCAGCAACUUUCUGCCAGAGUUACCAGGUAUGAUCGACUGUCCGGGCACCCAGGACGGCAGCUCGUUGCGCUCUCUGAUUGAUAAGCCUCCAGUUUGUGGGAACUCCUUCAGCCCAUUGACCGGCGCUCUGCUCACAGGCUUCAGGCUACACACCGGACCGCUGCCAGAACAGUACAGACUGAUGCACAUACAGCCCCCAAAGAAGAAGAGCAAACACAAGCACAAACACCAUCGACUACAGGACCCUUUACCACAAGAAACCCCAUCAGACACGGAUCCCAAGAAGAAGAAGAAGAAAAGGGACGACGAUCCUGACCGCAAGAAAAAGAAGAAAGACAAGAAAAAGAAAAAGAACCGCCACAGUCCCGCCCACCCCGGCCUCGCUGGAUCACAAACCAACAGCCACAGCCUCAGAUAGGCAGCAGCCAAGUGUGAGCAUUGUGCUGUUUGAACGUGUGUGUGUGUGUGUGUGUGUGUGUGUGUGUGUGUGUGUGUGUGUGUGUGUGUGUGUGUGUGUGUGUGUGUGUGUGUGUGUGUGUGUGUGUGUGUGUGUGUGUGUGUGUGUGUUUGUUUUACAGAUAAUUGCAUUAUUGAGAGUUUGUUUUAAACAGAGUAGAGGUAAUGCAAAUGGUUGUAUGAUGAUUGGUGAAAGGAGCAGCGACACAGUGGACGUGCGUGAUGAUGCAAAGAGAUGUUACAGAGCAGUGUAAAGGGAGGAAAGCCACUGAUGAGCUGGGUUGUGUUAUGGAUGACUGAGCAGGUACCGUGUGUGUGCGUGUGUGUGUGUGUGUGUGUGUGUGUGUUCUCCGCUUUGAUUUUGUUGUGGUAUCUUGUGACCAUAUUGACUAAAUCAAAUAAACUUUUGGUUAUUCUA